GACAGCUAAAGAACAAACGGAAAAGAAAUGUAGUCUAGAUUGUCAAUAGAUCGAUUGAAGUUUAAUAGAAAUCCAAUCGAAACAACAGCUGUAGCCUUUUUCUCCUGACGCUUUUACAUCAACAUAGAAGAAACGGUCGAAAUAAAAUUAGCUGUCACGCAUUGCUGUUCGAACAAACAAGGCAGCUGACAGCUCAAAAUGUAUUUUACGCUGUUAUUACUUACAGUCAACACUAGUUAUCAAUAUAUUCAUAACAUGCCACAGGAGUUGGUCAAGAUGCCAUAUUUUCUCAUGUCUUUUCGAUAAAAGAUUGGCAUAGAUUGCAGGAACCUGAUGUUUUGGUUUAUGGUUCUCGUGGGGGCUAAUAGUUUGAACAUGGUGAUAUGUCUUUCAAAGACUAACAGUAUAGAAUUCAAUUACAACCAUGGUAGGAUUUACUUGAUAUCGUACCAAAAAAAAAGCUGGACUGACGCCAGUAGUUAUUGCCAGAACAGGGCUGGGCAUUUGGCUACAAUAUAUGAACCGUCCACCAUUCCGGAAAUGGGUUUCACCAAACAGAACAGAACAUUUUGGGUUGGACUCCAGUGGAAUAAAACCAAAAGUCUAUCAUCAUGGAGCAACUGGCAUAGUCCUCCUUCUAAACCCAGUGCAAUAUGUGGUAGUGUGUUGUUACAGACACCAUAUACAUGGUAUGCAAUGGAAUGCACUUUCAAAUUACCAUUCAUCUGUGAAAUUCGAAAUGGUAGCUGUCGUUAUGCAGAGAUUAAGAAUUCUAUCCUACGUGGGACUUACAGUGCCCAUCGCAUGCAGGUCUCUGUGGAACAGUGUAAGCAUAUAUGUGAAGAAGGAGUACUCGGUUUUACCUGCAGGUCCUUUGUUUGGCAUAUCAAACACAGCUACUGUCAGUUCAGCGAGGGUAAGCUAUGGAUGACAGUCAAUUACACAUUGGAACACCAUGAGAAUUGGAAUUAUUAUCAGAAAAACUGCACCACCAAAGUUAUUAUCAUCGAAGAGGAAGCUAUUAAAAACAACAUGUCUAUGUUCAGUACCUCAUCUCUUGUAGAAUGGAUACCAACCAGUAGCAUUCCAGAAUCAUUUACAGAACACCCAGUAAUUUCUUCAUUGACAGAUGAAUUUGUAUCAUCAUCAAACUUCCUAUCAGAAAGCUAUCAUCCCGUUAUAGAAUCUUCAUUGUUUCCUUUGACUUUAUGGCCUUCAACUUCUGAACCAGUUCAACUUUCAACAAGUUUCACAUUGCUUUCAUUAGAAACAAGUCAAUUACUUUACUGCACAGAAAUAUGCUUUGACAACAUGAGUAAAACUCUUGUUUACUCAAGCAGCAGUGUUUUGUGGCCUACUUCCUCAUCAAGUUCUUCAAUAGAUGAGCUGUUGGCUGAUAUACAAAAUAUGAACCAGCGACUUAAAGAUAAGGCGAAAACCUUGAAGAAAAUCAGCAUAGAAGACAACAGAAUUUCAUCCAUCUCAAUUGGAACAUUGGGUAUAAUCAUUAUGAUAUCUAUAUUUGCACUUGUGGUUGCACUUGAUAUAUUUACACUGAAAUGUCGUUGUUCAAAACUAAAAAAUAAAAGGAAAUGCAGUCUGCUUCCUUUCGAAGAGAACCCACAACACAAUGAUGCUAAUAAUUUCACUAAUAUUGGCAAGCCUUCUUCUUUUCAUUCGAAUAAAACAACUGACCAUGAAAAAGAUGAUAACACAGAAGGAGAGGAGCUGGAAAUUUCUACUAAGUUCUAAAAAUUAAAGGGUCUUUACUGAUAUUUUAUAUUGUUAUAGGACCAGACAGUAAAGGAAAGAAGAUCAGAUAAUUUAAUCAAUCUCAAUUUAUAUAACUGCUAUUUAUUAUGGCAAAACUCAGUGGAAUUUAACUAUUGAUAUUACAAAGAUGAAUGUAAAUAAAAUAAAACUUGCCUGGUUUUGCUAUGCUGUUGUCCUCCUGAGGAUAGCUGUCAUUUUUUAAAAAAAGUUUUUCUAUAGUCUAUAGAUUUAUUGGAGAAGGCGAUGGCUAGAUGUUCAUAUCUUUCUCAAAGGCAUUUGCUGCAUAAUUGAGAGAAUUGAUUCAACUAGGAUCAUCACUAUCACCAUUUUGGGAAUCAAAUUUGAAACAGACUCACAAAUUUGAUUCCUGAAAUCAUGAUGAUGAUGAUGAGGAUAACAAAGAAGAAGUCAGAUCUUGGCUGAAAAAAUGUUGAAGAAAUUACUGAAAAUAUUUAAUUGCUAUUUUAUUAACGAGUAGUUUUCACAACUAAAUACAAAUACCAUUAACUAUGUGUUGUGAAAGAAAAAUGAAAGAAGCAUUAGAAAAAUGCAUAUGUAAUAUGAGUGACACUAA